AUGCUUCAGAUUAUAACUACUCCUUUGAUCCUAGUGGUUUCGACAGCAGUGCCGCUAGUGGUGACGGUGGAGACAUUACAGAUGCGUGGUGGCCUUGAAAACAGCACUAGUACGCGUAACUUGACAAGGCAAUUGCUAAAAUUUUGGUGCUUGCAUGCAUUGUGUCGCUCAGUCCCGAAUCCUGUGUUGUACAUGGUACGGGCGUUGCCCUUGAUGAACUUUGUGGAGCUGGUGGUGUGGACGUUACUGGCACGGGAGCUGCUGCGUCAACUGUAUUCGUGUACCGUACCCACUGGCAGUACGGUAGCUGCAAGUGCACCUAGAAACGGCAGCUGGUUUGGGUAUCUGUACUACGACGCACACCAGAGCUCGGGGCGCUAUGUGUUCGGCCACGUGAGUGUGUGGCUACUGCAGACAGUCGAGAAGUGGCCACUGGACGUUCGGCUACUUGACAAGCUGUACCAGGCCUUCAUGGGCGCUGUGGGCCGCGUGGGAAUCAGUAGUGCGGCGAGCAAAGCGAACGGAGGUAAAAAUGAGCCUAAAAGCUGGGGUUGGAGCGCAGAGUGGUUCCGGCAGACCGCGUCCAGCGAAGGUCUGGAGGAAGAGUACGAUAUGCUCGAAGAUGUUCUGGGUGACAUGCGCGGCGCCCGCAGUGAAGCCCGCAGUGGGUGA